AUGUUGGCUGACAUUAAUGACCCUGUUAGCGGGUUCCGUCACGCUGACUUGAUCAGAUUUAUCAACAAUGAAGUCCUCGUGAAUAGGGGCGGUCCAGAUUUCUACGUGACCUUUCGCUCGCGGUCCUGGAAUGAGGUGGAGGACUAGCUUCUGGCCAUCAUAAAUGACCCACAGGUGUCCUAUGCCAUGAAGAGGACCCAUGCCUGGAGCGUGCUGGCCUUAAGUAUACGUGUGUGUGUGAAGCAGCACAAGCAACAUGCACACCAAGUCCAGCAGCUGCAAGGGCAGGUAGAAGAGCACGAGGAGGCCACCUGGGCCCUGGUGUCCGAGUUGCAGUGGUUACGCAAGGAGCAUCAUCAGACUGCUGUGCAGCUACGAUGUGUGUGGUCCACCCUGCAGCAGGUAAUGGAUGUGCGUGAAGUGUUACGCAGGAGACUGUGUGGGCCCAGGUCAAUAUAUUGCCUCAGGAGGUUGUGCCUGUGGGAGGAGCCGAACAGCUGGGAGCCACAGCAUGGCCCAUGGUUGUGCAGGAGCAGGGCAAGGUGGUUGCUAUGGGGGCACAGGGCAUGCAGCAUUCGGGGGCACAGGGCAUGCAGCAUUUCAAGGCCCAGAUGGCAGCCUCAGGAGCUGUGA